CCCUACUUCCUUCACGUACCAAGACAUCAAGGACAGACCUGCUCUCUGCUCAGCAUCCUCCCUGCUGCCAUCUGAGGAGGCCCUGGGCCACGCCUUCUUGGACUCAGGCCUCUACCUUUCUAUUGUCUCCAUGUCUCUGAGAGUCUUGGCCUCUGUAACCCAACCCCUAACCCCCAGAAUGUUCCUCCUGCUGACAGCACUUCAAGUCUUGGCUAUAGGCAUGACACAGAGCCAAGAAGAUGAGAACAAGAUAAUUGGUGGCUAUACGUGCACCCAGAACUCCCAGCCAUGGCAAGCAGCCCUCCUGGCAGGCCCUGGGCGUCGCUUCACCUGUGGAGGGGCCCUGCUUUCAGACCAGUGGGUCAUCACUGCUGCUCACUGUGGCCGCCCGUCCCUUUGGGUAGCCCUAGGCAAGCACAACCUCAGGAGGUGGGAGGCCACACAGCAGGUGCUGCGCGUGGCUCGCCAGGUGACAUACCCCAACUACAACUCCCGGAAACAUGAAAAUGACCUGAUGCUGCUGAAGCUGGAGAAGCCUGCCCGGCUGGGGAGGGCAGUGAAGACUAUCCCCAUUGCCCAGUCGUGUGCCAGCCCUGGGACCCUCUGCCGUGUGUCGGGUUGGGGGACCACAUCCAGUCCUAUUGUCAGGUACCCCACCGCUCUGCAGUGCGUGAGCAUCUACAUUGCCCAGAAUCAGACAUGUCAGCAGGCCUACCCUGGAGCCAUCACUGCUGGCAUGGUCUGUGCAGGGGUUCCCCAGGGCGGGAAGGACUCGUGUCAGGGUGACUCUGGGGGACCCCUUGUGUGCGGAGAGCAGCUUCAGGGCCUCGUGUCCUGGGGAAUGGAGCGCUGUGCCCAGUCUGGGUACCCUGGCGUGUACACCAACCUGUGCAAGUAUCAAAACUGGAUCCAGGAGGUGAUGCGGUCAUCCCCAUGACUGCAUGUUGCUGCCCUCACUGGCCUCCCCAGGCUUCCUCUCUCCUCCCAAGACCCUGGAGCCCUGCCCCUAGCACUCUAACCCUUACCCCUGGGUCUGGCUCUCCCUUUAUCAGAACAGUUGCUCUAGGAUUUUUCUCUCCACUCAUGCCUCCCACUCUAGCAUCACCACUGUUACUCAAGACCCUGUAGGCACAGCAGGCAGGAGCACAGACACUCCGAACUGCUGUUGUAGUCCAGAGAAGACUAUUUUCAAAAUCCUUAGUGUGUCUAAAAACCAAAUAAACAAUAACUGUAAAAGUG